AUGCUCGGAGCAGGGGCCACGCUCCUCUGCUGUUUGCUGGUGGCAGUCGGGGGGCUGCGUGUCCCGGUGCUGUGGGGGCUGCAGGGACAGUCCCUGUCCUUCCCAGCCCUGAGUCCCGUCUUUGAGGACAUCGCCCGCGUCACCUGGAGGACCCGGGGGACCCACAUAGCCGAGGCCAAGCCCCGGGAGAAGAAAUUCUCCGUGGAUUACCUGCCUGCCUUCCAUGGGCGGCUCUUCAUCCACCCUGCCAACCUCUCCCUGGAGAUUGGGCAGCUGAGGCCGGAGGACAGUGGGAACUACGAGGUGGUCGUGGACACCUUGUCCGACCCCACCUCCCCAAAGACCUUCCAAUACUUUCUGCGGGUUUAUGGUGAGCCCUCCGAGCCCGGUAACGCAGCAGGACACGGUGGGAGCACCGCGACCCCCCCGGGGGUGACCGAGCCACGCCCUGGAGACCCCACAACGCCGGGCACGGGCGGGGGGCAGCCCCCCGGGGGCAGAGAGGGGCUGGGAACCUGUGGGGGGUGGAGACACUACUGUGUGCUGAAGGGGUACCUCGUGGCCGCCGUCCUGGGGCCGCUGCUGGUGCUGCUGGUCAUCGUCCACCUCGUGACCAGGGACAAAGUGUCAGCAGGGGAUGAGUCCCCCAGAGCUGCCAUCCCUCAGGGAUGGUCCCCAUGGCAACGGUGAGCCCCUGUUCGUGCUCUGCUGCCUCAGAGCUCCCCCAUCCAGGGGAAGCCGAGGUUGUCCUCAGGAAAGCCCCUCGAGGGUGGGAAGUGCAGGACGUUGAGGCAGCCGCGUUUCACAAGCGGCUGCCCCGAAAUGUGGCAAUGCCACUUCCCCCCAGAGGCCACCAGAGCUCGUGGAAGGACCCAAACACAUCGUGGCACGUCCCUUCUCCACACAUAAACACACACACACACAAUCCAGGGAUCCUGGGACACCGCCGGGCUCGCGUUUCCGACCCCAAAUGCGCUGCGAGCGUCCCAUAAAACCUCCCCUAGUUUAUAAUAAGUGAAUUAUUUACUGGUGACCCUGAGUAAAUGCUGCACAGCAUAAAUUAUUGAGUGGCAGAUCUGUCAAAAAGUUCUCAUAAAUAAGUUAUCCGGUGCCGUCUUAAUGUUCCCAGUAAAUUACUCAUUCAAUCUCCCGUCUAAACGCUCUCCUGGGGAAAUUACUCCUGCCUGCUGAUUUAUGAAUUAGGCCUGGGCAAACGAGGACGAGGAGGAAGGAGGGCCCUGCCAGGACAGCCCAGGGUUUUGCCUCGCCAGGAUUCCUGAGCCCAUCCCUGGGCUCCCCCUCUGGGUGCUCUGGGAUGGGGUUGGGAUGGAUCCUGGUCCGUGUGGUGAUCCCAGAGGGAUUGUCCCCAGCCUGGUGUGUUCAGCAUCAUCCCAACAAUCCUGGGGCUCUGCAGGGGUCCCACAGCUUCCCAAAGUUUGGGGGAGCACAGGAUCCACUCCCAGCCCUGCCCUCCAGGAGGGACUCAGGGGGGAUCCCCCAAAUCCACCCAGCACUGACACCUUUCCCUGUCCCCAGCAAGGCCAAAUCCUCCUCACCAGCAGCCUGGGAUUGCUGUGUCCACCUCCAUCAUCCCAGGAACCCAAUCCCUUGGGUUGCCAGAGCCUCCUGGGAGAGUGGGAGAACGGGAUUUGCCCCCCCGUGGAAGGGCUGGGAUGGCUCCCUGGGGAUGCUCCUGCCUCUCCGGGGCUCCCCUCACCCCUCACCCCCACGUGGGGUCCGUUCCGGUGUUUGCUUUAACAAUUAAAUGUCGGUUUGGGGGACAAUUAUUUAUUUAAAGGGAACAACGUGUUAACAAGAUCCCGAUGUAAUCCCCGGUGACAGAUGUCGCCUUUAUUAGCACCUCUGUCCGAGCCGAGAGCCCGGGAGGCAAAAACAAACACACACAACUACAAGGCUCGUUAGGAGAUGCAGGAAUUAAGUGUGA